AUGACAAGUGCUCUUUGCCUAAAGGCGGCAAAAUUGUUAAUGCGGGUAUGGGUAGCUUCACUAGUAUUUUAUGCAUUUGUCUUUGCUGUUUGUGAAUUUCUUCGAUAUUUGAUUGUGCGUAUAAUGCCUAAACGAUUGUCAACGGAUCUGCUUUUGGAGUUUGUGGGCACAUUGCAAGUAUGUACUCCAAUGUUCGAUGUCAAUACCGUAUUGCACACUUAUGGUCUCUUUGGCGUCUUCAUAGAAAUCACUUGCAUUGAACUCGCCAAUUGCUAUUAUCAGAGAGAUGCUAUAGCAAAUCCUUGCCCAAUCGUAACGUCGUGCUACAGACGUUCAAAAGCGAUACGUCGUGCUGUUUAUGUUUUUAUAACGCAAAUGCUAGCCGCAUAUUUGUCGUUCUUUCUAGCUAGGUCAUUCUGGAAGCUGGGCAUACAUCCGGUUCACUCACAACUUCUUGCUGCUCAACAUUGUUCGGCGGACUUAACGAUUGCUGUCACUACCGGCUGUCUGGUGGAAGGAGGUGCAACCUUUAUAGGAAAAGUUUUUGAUAAAUACACCAGCGCCUACUUGGAAGACACAUGGAUGUCAAGUGUUGCUUCCUGCGUAUUUAGUGGAUUUCUUUGUGCCAUUGGUAUCAACUACACAGGAAUGUACGCAAAUCCUUUGGUCGCAUGGGCUUGUACCUUCAACUGUGAAGGAUUAACACAUGUUGGGCAUUUGCUGGUUUAUUGGUUAAGCCCACUUAUUGGAUGGUUCACAGCUGAGGCAAUGCUUGGAGAUGAUGAAGAAGAGGAAGUGGAGAAGAAAAAGCAAUAGGACAAAUUUCGGCAACUUUCAAGAGGAGAUAACAACAUCCAGCAUAGGAUGCAUGCCGGUCAAGGAAAAACCUAACCUUCCAUUUGCUCACUUAGGAAUUGAUGUUAGAUGCAUAAUAAGUGAUAUGAAAAACGUAAAAGUGAUCCACUGGUUUGUUUAUAAAGCAUGGGUAAACUUUAAGAAUUUUACUAAUGCUGUGCCGUAUUCUCAAGCAGUAACGUUGUUAACAACUUUUCG